AUGGGACCAGCUGAAUGCUCUGACCCAGUAGUCAAAGUUGUGAUCCCGCAGUUAGUAUGGGCUGGAGAGGUGCCUCUGCCACUGCAAGGAGAUGAGUCAGUAUUUUCUAACAUCCGAAGGCCGCGCUCCGUUACAACAGGCGUAGGAAGCCACCCGAACAAUAUGUACAUCCAUCUACCAGCCUUUGGUCAAAACCUGCAUUUGCACCUGCAAAGGAACCUCAAGUUUCUGGCUUCAGGAUUCAUAGUAGAGGAGAGAACAGAGCUCGGAGAGAAAGUCCAGAACAGGAUCCCUGUGGAUGAGCUUUGUUUCUAUACUGGAGAAGUUCUGAACCAUAACAGGUCUUUUGCAUCACUCAGCGCGUGUGCAGGACUGACUGGAUAUAUUCAGAUAGGUGGGGAUCAAGUGAUGAUUGAACCAGCCAACACUUCAACAGAUCCAAGUUUAUCUUUCUCUGGAAGAAAACAUAUAAUAAGACACAAGCGACAAGUAGAGGAGCCUGGUGCAUCUUCCCACCCUGAUGUUCAACGGGGGAACUGCCAAGUUAUUUCAGGGAAAAAAAAGAAGUCAAGCAAGAGGGAGGAAGGCAGUGACUGGCGGGAGCGGAGGAAUGCCAUCAGGCUUACUGAGGAACAUACUGUGGAGACGCUGGUGGUGGCAGACUCUGAUAUGGUCCAAUAUCAUGGAGCAGAUGCAGCACAGAGAUUCAUUCUUACUGUCAUGAACAUGGUUUACAACAUGUUUCAACACCCUAGUCUGGGAAUCAAAGUAAAUAUUCGUGUUUCCAAGUUGGUCCUUCUGCACAGCCGUCCAACCAAGCUGUCUAUUGGGCAUCAUGGAGAGAGAUCUCUGGAGAGCUUUUGCCAUUGGCAGAAUGAGGAGUAUGGAGGCACCAAGUAUUUAGGAAACAACCAUGUUCCAGGAGCCAAGGAGGAAACCCCUGUUGAUGUAGCUGUGUUUAUGACCAGGACUGAUUUUUGUGUUCACAAGGAUGAACCCUGUGAUACUGUGGGAAUCGCCUACCUUGGGGGAGCAUGCAGCUCUAAGCGCAAAUGUGUCCUGGCGGAAGAUAAUGGUCUUAAUUUGGCCUUUACUAUAGCUCAUGAGCUUGGUCACAACAUGGGAAUGAGCCAUGAUGACGACCAGCCAUCCUGUGCAGGUCGUUCACAUAUAAUGUCUGGAGAGUGGGUAAAGGGCCGGAGUCCCAGUGAUCUGUCCUGGUCAACCUGCAGUCGUGAUGAGCUAGAGAACUUCCUGAAGUCCAAGGUGAGCUCAUGUCUGCUGGUGACAGACCCUCGCAGUCACCAUGCUGUCAGGCUUCCCCACAAAUUGCCUGGGAUGCAUUAUAGUGCCAGCGAGCAGUGCCAGAUCCUUUUUGGCAGUAAUGCCACAUUCUGCAAAAAUAUGGAGCAUUUGAUGUGCGCUGGCUUGUGGUGUCUAGUAGAAGGAGAUGCCUCUUGUAAAACCAAACUAGACCCACCUUUGGAUGGAACAGAAUGUGGGGCAGACAAGUGGUGCCGAGCUGGUGAAUGCGUAAGCAAGACCCCAAUCCCUCAGCAUGUGGAUGGAGACUGGAGUGCCUGGAGCUCCUGGAGCAUGUGCAGUCGUACUUGUGGAACUGGAGCACGCUUUAGACAGAGAAAAUGUGACAACCCACCACCGGGACCUGGAGGUCGUAGCUGCAAAGGAGCAAGUGUAGAACACAUGGUAUGUGAGAAUUUGCCAUGUCCCAAGGGUGGUGCCAGCUUCAGGGACGAUCAGUGUCAAACCCAUGACCGCAACAGCAACAGGAAGAAAAGUCCCCUUACUGCUGUAAUGUUUGAUGAUAAGCCAUGCGAGUUGUACUGCACUCCUGUAGGCCGUGAUACUCCGAUACUGAUGGCGGACAGAGUCCUGGAUGGAACCCCAUGUGGUCCUUAUGAGGCAGAUCUAUGUGUCCAUGGGAAAUGCCAGAAAAUUGGUUGUGAUGGGAUAAUUGGCUCUUUUUCCAAGGAAGACCGAUGUGGAGUUUGUAACGGCGAUGGCAAAACCUGCAAGGUGAUAAAAGGAGACUUUAACCACACCAAGGGGAUGGUCAACAGUAGUCAUUGUAAGAAGGUUUCCACAUGUGUCAUGACAAAGGCAAAGACAGUCCCCAAGUGUUUCACAUGUUACAUUGAGGCUGUUGUCAUCCCUGCAGGGGCCAGAAGGAUCCGUGUAGUAGAGGAUAAGCCAGCACACAGCUUUCUGGCCCUGAAAGAUUCAAGUAAGAAAUCCAUCAACAGUGACUGGAAAAUUGAACUGCCUGGAGAGUUUCAUAUUGCAGGAACCACCAUCCGAUAUGUACGUCGGGGACUCUGGGAGAAGAUAUCGGCUAAGGGACCCACAAAAACACCAUUGCACCUGAUGGUUCUCCUGUUUCAUGACCAGAAUUAUGGAAUUCAUUACGAAUAUACCAUUCCAGUGAACCAGACUGGAGAACAGAGAACAGAGGUGGAGAAGCAGCCAGAACCGCUGUACAUGUGGACACACAGCAGCUGGGAGGGCUGUAGCGUACAGUGUGGAGGAGGUGAACGGAAGACUAUUGUGUCCUGUACAAAACUGGUAAACAAGACUAUGUUAAUUGUGAAUGAGAGCUUGUGUCUUUCUGUAACACGGCCUGCCCCACAGGUGCGGAAGUGCAACACACAUCUAUGCCAGUCCAGAUGGAUGACGGGGUCAUGGGGUCAUUGUUCAGCCACCUGUGAAAAAGGAUUCCAGCAGCGAGAAGUUACCUGUGUGUACCAGCUGCAGAAUGGAACUUAUGUCAAUACACGGGAUAUUUAUUGCACCAGCCACAAGCCAGCAACUAAACAGAGCUGUGAAGGUCAAGACUGUUUAUCUAUAUGGGAAGCUUCAGAAUGGUCAGCAUGCUCUUCAGACUGCGGGCGAGGCACCAAGAAGCGGAGGAUAUCAUGUACCAAUACUAGGGGCAAAUGUGACUCAGCCACUAGGCCAAGAGAAGAGGAGGACUGUGAGAAUUAUACAGGCUGCUUUGAAUGGAAGACAGGGGACUGGUCCAAAUGCUCCUCCACCUGUGGUAAAGGCCUGCAAUCUCGUGUAGUACAGUGUAUGCAUAAAGUGACUGGUCGCCAUGGAAGCGAAUGCUCCUUUCUGUCCAAACCAGCGGCCUACAAGCAAUGUCAUCAAGAAACUUGCAAUGAAAAAGUGAAUGCCAACACCAUCACAUCUCCGAGACUUGCUGCACUGACGUACAAAUGCACUGGUGACCAGUGGUUGGUGUACUGCCGAGUUAUCCGGGAGAAGAACCUCUGCCAGGAUAUGAGGUGGUACCAGCGAUGCUGCCAGACCUGCAGGGACUUUUAUGCCAAAAAGCUGCAGCCACAGAGCUAG